GAGCGGGUACCAGCGGCACUCGCACACACUAGCGUGGCGGACGCGUACCGAGAAGCGCGCUUUUAUAUUGAAUUGACCUUAUUUACUCUGCGCGAUCUUGAACGAGGGGUCGAUAAACCUUUCUCGUGGCAUACAAAAGUUUUACAUAUCAGUUCGCACCGGGGUCCGGUAUCGAAUGUUUGCUCCUAUGGCCCAUUAGAAGUUGUCAAAAUGGUCGAAGUCAAGAUAUCAGAGGACAUUCGAGUUGGCGGCAACAAUCCCUGCUUUAUUAUCGCGGAGGUUGGUCAAAAUCAUCAAGGUGACAUUGAGAUUGCAAAAAAGUUGAUCAGAGCGGCUAAGGAUGCCGGGGCCAGUUGUGUAAAGUUCCAAAAAACAUGCCUUAACGAAAAAUUCACAAAAAAAUACCUAGAUAAGCCGUAUGACAACCCUAACUCGUGGGGCAAAACUUAUGGGGAGCAUAAAACACAUUUAGAAUUUACCGACAAUCAGUACAGAGAGCUAUUUAAAUAUGCACAAGAAGUGGGGAUUCUGUUUACUGCCUCUGCUAUGGACAUGGUAUCAUUUGACUUCCUUGUCAACAUAAAAGUGCCAUUCAUCAAAAUAGGUUCAGGAGACUCAAACAAUCUGUUGUUUUUUAAAUAUGCCGCAUCAAAGAAGGUACCUCUUAUCAUAUCAACCGGCAUGGUCGACAAAAAGGCGGUUAAGACCAUUUACGAUAUCAUAUCAGCUCAACACAAGCAGUUCUGCUUACUGCAUUGCAUAUCGGCUUAUCCUGUGCCAUUCGAAGACUGUAACUUGACUGUUCUACAAGAUUAUAAGAACACAUUUGACGUCCCGGUGGGAUAUUCCGGGCAAGAGGUUGGAACUGCGGUAGCGUUGGGUGCAGUUGCUUUGGGAGCUAAGGUUUUAGAAAAACACAUAACGUUGGACAAGUGUUUAAAGGGAACUGAUCACGUAUGCUCACUCACGCCGACGGAAUUCCAGCAGCUGGUGAGGGAUGUUCGAGUAAUAGAAGCAUCGCUGGGUACCCCAAUUAAAAAAGUCGUUACAUCAGAAAUACCCUGCAUUGACAAAUUACAAAAAUCACUUGUCAUGGGCAGUACGAAAAACAAAGGAGAAAUACUGUACCCAGGAGAUGUAAAAAUUAAAGUUGCCGAACCAAAAGGCUUGAAUGCGCUACAUUUCGAAGAAGUUAUCUAUAAAACCCUCGUAUAUGAUAAGAAAGAGGACGAACCUUUGAACGAAGGAGACUUCUGCUAGUAUGGUGGAGAAAUAUGUUCACGUAUCGUAAUAUUAGACUAUGUAUAAGUUAUGUACUGUACAACUGAACUUCUUAGACUAUAAUAAUUGACAUAACGUCUUUAAAGCAUGCAUAUUUUAAACAGACUUCGAGAGACAAUGAAAAAAACUAAUAAUUCGAAUUUAUAAUUUAGUCUGAGAGUUUAAGAAAUUAAAAAAAUUACCUGAAGCAAUUAUUAUGUUAUAACUUACUAAUAAUAAGACUGUAUCUAUUUGUUAAAAUAUAUUAAUAAAUUUUUAAAUACUUCUUAUGUUA